CGCGUGAGCUCCUGAGCUUGUCGCAUUGCCUUUGUGCGUCGAGUGGCAGUCUGGUGUUUGGUCGCUUGUUGCAUCAUUUUGCAUCAUUAGUUCGCAGCGAUAACGCUUCCCCCAGCUUUCGUAAGCUCUCCGCAUUAAAAAGCAAGCGAUAGCUCAACUACUCCGCAGAGCAAUUGCAAAGCGGCGAUAAAAGCUCAGCGCAAAAGCAAGCGAUAAGCUCAACUCCGCAGCAGCAGCAAGCGAUAAAAAACACCACUCGUGCAGAGCACUAUGGCGAUCAGCAAGAAGAAAGCGAGAAAGGACCGUAAAGCCGCGGCGGCCCAGGCCGCCCGGGCCGCGCGCGACGCAUCUCACGAGGACGCGCCGGACGAGGACGACGACGAGCGCGAGAUGGCCGAGAUGCGCGCCGAGCUCGCGGCGACGAAGGACGCGCACGCGAAGGAGGCCAAGGCCAAGGCGCGCGCGCGCGCGGCGGCCGCGGCGGCCGCGGCGGACGACGGCGACGAGUCCGAGAGCGAGAGCGAGGACGAGGCGCCCGUCGGCGCGAAGCGCAAGCGGCCGGCGCCUACGCCCACGCAGCCGCGCGUCGCGUACCAGAACAAGCAGCGCUGUUUGGUCGUGUGCUCGCGCGGCGCCUCCGCGCGGCACCGCCACCUCCUCGAGGAUUUGAGGAGGCUGAUGCCGCACCACAAGGCCGACUCGAAGAUGGACUCGAAGUCCGACCCGCGCCAGCUGAACGAGGUCUGCGAGCUCAAGUCGUGCAACGGCUGCCUCUACUUGGAAGCUAGAAAGCGCACGGACCUCUACCUCUGGCUCGCGCGGCCGCCGCGGGGCCCGUCGGCCAAGUUCCUCGUCCAGAACGUCCACACGAUGGACGAGCUCAAGCUGACGGGCAACUGCGGCCACGGCACGCGCGCGUUAUUGUGCUUCGACGCGACGUUCGACGCCGAGCCGCACUGGCGCGCCGUCAAGGACCUCCUGGCCGUGACCUUCGGCGUGCCGCGGGGCCACCCGAAGUCCAAGCCCUUUUUUGAUCGGUGCAUGGCCUUCGCGAUCGACGACGGGAAGGUCUGGGUCCGGCACUACCAGAUCGUCGACGACGCCCUGGACGACGCCGACGCCAAGGUGAGGAGCGGCGUCCGUGUCAACCACAGCCGGGGCCGGGUGACGACGAACCAUAUUUCAUAGACCUGUUCUGAACUUUCGCGCGCGGCGGGCGCCGAAAGGCGCCCGCCGCCGCGAGCCGAUCUGAGCGAUAAACACAUGCACCACUAUCCGACGGCCCGCGCGCCCUCGUUCGUCGUCGGUCGCGUCGCGGCUCCCGCUCACUUCUUCGUUACAACGCAGCGCCAGGACGGCACGUCGCUCGUCGAGGUCGGCCCGCGGCUCGUCCUGGCGCCGAUCCGCGUCUUCGCCGGCAGCUUCGGCGGCGCGACGCUGUACCACGACGCCGGCCUCGUGCUGCCGAACGAGGCGCGCCAGCGCGAGCGCCUCGACCUCAAAAGGGGCGGCUCGAAGUACGAGCGCCGCAAGGAGGCCCAGGCCGCGCGCCGCGAGCACGUCGCCGCGAACACCUUGCCGGAGGACGAGCUCGCGGACACGUUCCGGGACGACGUAACGGGCCUCUAG